AUGUCACCUAAGAAAAUCAGAUUUGUUGCACGACUUGCGCUUGACUCAGGUGGUCUGAUAGUGCGAAUGCAAUUAGCUCAUGUACUGGCCUAUGAGUUUUUCGCCCGUGAGCGCAAAGACCCUACCAAGUCCACAUGGAGUCCUCAUUCUAUCUGUACAGCAUGUCUGGGCGAGCUGGGCAACCAAGUCUUACACUCUCUUGCUCGGCAUCCUCAUCGAGAUAGCGCAACUAUUGCUGUUUUGCUACGGCCCUCGAGCAUCGCAUCCACCACCCCCGACAAAGUCAAGGAGCUCGAGGCACUGCGCAAUCUGAAUGUGCAACUUAUUCCUGGUGACAUUGCCAAAGAUUCCGAAAAGUGCCUUUCCGACGUCUUUGGUGAAUACGACACAAUCAUCGGCUGUACUGGCUUUGCAGCUGGCUCUGGCACUCAGCUCAAACUUGCGUGUGCUGUCCUGGCGGCUCAAGUUCCGCGAUACGUCCCCUGGCAAUUUGGAGUCGAUUACGAUACUAUCGGACGGGGAUCCGCGCAAGAUCUGUUCGAUGAGCAACUUGAUGUGAGGGAUCUCCUGCGCUCCCAGGACCGGACUAAAUGGGUGAUCCUAUCGACCGGCAUGUUCACUAGUUUCUUGUUCGAGCCUUGGUUUGGUGUCGUCAAGUUCAAGGACGAUACCAUAGUGGCCCUUGGGAGCCUCGUUACCAAGGUGUCUGUAACAGCACCGGAGGAUAUUGGCAAGAUUACUGCUGAGGCUGUGCUUGGCUCGAGAGCUGACUCGGAUACCUUGACUUAUGAACACCUGGCGCGGUUAGUGGAGAGGAUCACUGGACGCAAAUUUACCAGGCAUAUAAGAACUGUGCAGGCUGCUCGGGCUGACCUUGCAAAGGACCCUGACAACACCUUGUUCAAAUAUCAGAUCGUUUUUGGUGAAGGGCGUGGUGUAGCGUGGGAUUUGUCCGAGACGUGGAACUGUCAGGUUGGGAUCCAUGCUUUGACUGCGGAGGAAUGGGCACGACUUCAUUUGCAGAAUAUUAUAUAG